AUGGGUCAAGUGACUCCGCUUAACCCUGGAAUCCUUUACAACUUGCUGGAAAAUGAAGUCAGUUCCCGUGAUGCGUGCGGCAUUAUUAUCCAAUCGCUGUUCGCCACUGCCACCGAAACGUCUUCGGUCCGAGCACCCCCCGCAUUCUGGCUUUUCUUCGGCUUCUACUGGCCCAGUGGCCUGACGGCGGUCAGCCCUGGGAAUGCGGAGGGGGGUGAGGAGAUGAGGUGA